UCUUGAUGGUCAUUUAUUCACAUUUCAGCCAUGAGCGGAUGUCCGUAUUUUCAGAGGAAAUUCUUGUCAACUAGUAAGCAGCAUCUGAAAGAAGAGGAGAAUGAUGAAGCUCAGACUGGAAUUAACAAAGCCAGCAAAGGAGGUCUGAUCUAUGGAGACUAUCUGCAGCUGGAUAAAAUAGUGACAUCUCAGGUGCUUCAAAGUGAGCUGAAGGGAAACAAGAUCCAUGACGAACAUCUGUUCAUCGUCACACAUCAAGCAUAUGAACUGUGGUUUAAGCAGGUUUUGUGGGAGCUGGACUCAGUCAGAGAAAUCUUCAUUAGCGGACAUGUACGAGACGAGCGAAACAUGCUUAAAGUCAACACUCGCAUACACAGGAUUGUGAUGAUAUUUCGACUGUUGCUUGACCAGUUCGCUGUUCUGGAAACCAUGACGGCCUUAGACUUCUAUGACUUCAGGGAGUAUCUCUCACCAGCUUCAGGCUUCCAGAGUUUGCAGUUUCGACUGCUGGAGAACAAGAUUGGGGUCCCGCACAACCAGAGGGUGCCGUACAACAGAAGGCAUUACAGGGACAAUUUCCGAGACCAGGAGAGUGAGCUGCUCCUCCACUCAGAGCAGGAGCCCACGCUGCUUCAGUUAGUUGAGCAAUGGCUAGAGAGAACGCCAGGCUUGGAGGAAGACGGCUUCAAUUUUUGGGGGAAGCUGGAAAAAAAUAUCUUUGAGGGGCUCAGGAGAGAGAAAGAACAUAUUGAGCAAAAACCAGCCUCGGAGAGGAAGGAGGAGAUGCUGGCCGAGCUCAUUAAGCAGAGGGACAUUUUCUUAUCGCUCUUUGAUGAAAAAAGGCAUGAUCACCUAGUAAGCACAGGUCAGAGGAGGCUGUCUUAUAAAGCACUGCAGGGAGCUCUGAUGAUCUACUUCUACAGGGAGGAGCCUAGAUUUCAGGUUCCUUUCCAGCUGCUGACAUCUCUGAUGGACAUCGAUACCCUCAUGACCAAAUGGAGAUACAACCAUGUGUGUAUGGUGCACCGGAUGAUUGGCAGUAAAGACGGCACAGGUGGCUCAUCGGGCUAUCAGUACCUGCGCUCCACUGUCAGUGAUCGCUACAAGGUGUUUGUGGAUCUGUUUAACCUGGCCACGUUCUUGAUUCCGCGAGACUGGGUGCCCAAACUGGACCCAAGUGAACACACCUUCCUGUACAUGGCUGAAUGUUGCGACAGCUCCUACUGCAGCAGCAGUGAUGAUUCUGACUAAACAGAUGGAGGAAUGAGGAGAAGAUGGACAGUGUUUGCAGACAGAGUACAAAAGAAUACAAAAACAGCUUCAAAACUCACAAGUCUACCCAUAUUUUUUUAAGAUGGUAGAAUGAGAGGGAGUAAAGCGGUGCUGAUUAUACAGAUGUUGUAUACAAAUGUCUAUAUCAGUCAGACUGUUGAUGCACUUGUGUAUAUACUGUCAAUAUAAUGUAAUAUUCUGAAAUUUACUGUGUGUAUGAACUGAAUAAUAACUGUAAAUUGUAAAUAAAGAGUAUACAUAUAUACA